AUGACCAACAUAUAUCUCCCUGCUCGUCCGGCGUUUCGGGUCAUCAUUGUCGGUGCCGGUCUCGCGGGCUUGAUGAUGGGUAUCCUCUUCGACAAGAUGGGUAUCUCCUACACGAUCCUCGAACGCGCUCCCAAAGUCAAGCCUCUCGGUGCGCUGAUGAGUCUCAACGGCAACAUUCUCGCCCUGUUCGACCAGCUGGGUCUGCUCGAAGAUGUCAUGAAGAUCUCCAAGAUUAACCACUCGACUACUCUCUACAACGAAAAGUUGGAGAAGCUCGCUGAGGUUGGAGUCGGAGAUUACAAAGAUUUGACUGGAUACGAGUACAUUGUGUUCUCACGCCCAGAGCUGUACGAAAUCAUCCGCCAGCGUGUCCCAGAAGAAAAGGUGCUGAUGGGCAAGCGCGUGAACAAGAUCCGACAGCUGCCCCUGAAUGGCGGUGUUGAAGUCGUCUGUCACGACCACUCCGUUUACACAGCCGAUAUCCUCGUUGGUGCCGAUGGAGCCUACAGCACUACCCGUUAUCACAUGUACAAGAACAUGACCGAGGCUGGGACCUUGCCCGCCUCGGAUGCAGAAGAAUUGGCGAUGCCCUAUGUCUGCAUGGUCGGAACAACUAACCCUCAGGACCCUGAGAAGUAUCCCGAGCUCAAGGAUUCCGUCACUCACCUGAGGCAUGUCAUCGGAAACGAAGGCCCUUACAGUUGGACGGUGAUUACAAUCCCAGGAAAUCGCUUCUGUUGGAGCGUGAUGGCCCAGAUCACAGACCCCGAGGAAGCACGUCAGAUGCGUCAGAGCAACUUAGAGUGGAGACCCGACGCAACCGAAGGUUUGGUGAACACGAUCCGUAACUACCCCAUUGCCUUUGGAGGAGAGGGUGCGGUGUUGGGCGAUAUUCUGGAUGUCACUCCCAAGGAUGUCAUGUCCAAGGUCAUGCUUGAAGAAAAGUUGUUCGAGACCUGGUAUGAUGGCAACAUUGUUCUCAUCGGAGAUGCUUGCCACAAGAUGCUGCCGACAUCGGGCCAAGGAGCAAUCAAUGCGAUGCAGGACGCUACUAUCCUCGCCAAUUGUCUCUACGACCUCGAAGAUCUGUCCCCCGAAAGCAUCCUCAAAUCUUUUAGUGACUAUAGGAACCAGCGAUACACACAUGCCAAGAAACAGGUCGCAAACAGUCAACUCAAUGCCAAAAUCUCGAGCGGUCAGACAUUGAAGGAAAAGGUCAUCCGUCAUGUCGUCCUCAACUUCCUGCCGCGGUGGGUCUUCAGUCUCUCGUUUGUCAAGAGUGCAGCCUACCGCCCACAGGUCACAUUCCUGCCCAUGGUUCCUGAUAAGGGCACUGUUGCUUCUCUCCCUCAGAAGCACUCCAAGCGGCACCAGGCCGAGCAAGCUGUGCGGGCGGCCGCGGUCGACUCUGCCUAG